CAAUAUUGUUUGGAACCGACGUGCCGAAGUAAGGCGACGGACGAUAUUUCGUUCCUGACGAUAUGCUGGACCUGCACGAAGUUUUCACGGCGGCGACGCGGGACGCACUCUUCAACGACGUACGGCAGACGCGUCUGCCCAACGGCCUCCGCGUCGAGUAUGCUAUGCACGGCGACGACACCGCUCGAGACAAAGUCGUGAUGCUCAUGGGAAUGCAGGGCGAGAAGGAAGCUUGGCUUCCUCUCGUGUCUUCGUUCUUGCAUCCAGCGAACGGCGCUGCGUCGUCGACGUAUCAACUAGUGACAAUGGACAACCGCGGUGUCGGCGGCUCCGACAAGCCUUGGGGAUGGUACUCGACGUCUCAGAUGGCCCGCGACGCGCUCCACCUCAUGGAUCAUCUGCGCUGGUCCAAAGCACACAUCGUUGGCUCGAGCAUGGGUGGCAUGAUUGCCCAAGAGCUUGCGUACAUGGCACCCGAGCGUGUUCUGUCGCUGGCUCUGAUGGUGACCACCCCUGGCUUUCGACAAGGCGCGCUGCCAGGCCUGCCCCAACUUACAUCCUAUGCAUCCCUCGUGCAGAAUUUGCUUUACCCAACCCACCACCGCGUCGCGUCCACAAUGAUCAGCGUGCUAUUCCCCGAGUCGUACCUCCAGCAGGCAUCGUCGACAAAAGGCGACGCAGACACAACCAUGACGACGGAGGCCGUGCUGUACAAGCACCACAUGGAGCGCCUGAGCCACGUCCAGAUGUCGCUGAGCGGCAUCAUCGGCCAUUACACCGCUGUGCUCUUCCACAACGUGAGCCGCGACCGGCUCAAGGUCAUUGCGAACUCGGGCUUCCCCAUCAUGAUCAUCGGCGCCAAGAUGGACCGGAUGCUCCAUCCAGACAACUCUGAGUAUCUCGCGCAGACGCUAAGCGGCAAGUACACGACAGCUAUCAUCUUUGAGCACGCGGGACACGACGUUCAUGUCCAGCACCGUCGAGAGGUUGCGGAAGCGCUCGGUCGGCAUUUCGCGUCGGCAAAGACGGCGCAUUGCCCACGGCGCUCAUCCAGUGCCACGUCGUCCAGGAAGAAGAAGCGGCACGCCAAACGACGCCAUGAAUAGAUCGGUGUAGCGUCGAAAGACAUGUCCAGUGUACUACAUAGCUCGACGUGCAAAGAAAAUGGUGUGGAUGCCGGUCAAAGCGGCGCAACGGAA